AUGGAAAAAGCUAAGAAUAUUAUGAAGUACUUAAAUACUUCAUCAGAAAAAUAUAAAUUUGAACUAUUAGUUGAUUAUAUUAAUUUAAAAUAUCAUGAAAAUAUAUAUGUAACAUUUGAAUUAGUAAGAGGAACAAGGAAAAUAUUAUCAGAUGAAAAAGUACUAUUGAAGAACGAAAAAGCAUACUUUAAAAAGUUAAUAGAAAUAAAACUUACUUUAUUUCAUAAAAAAUAUAAUAAAUCGUAUAAAAAUAAAUUUUUUUUACUCAUUUUUUAUAUAAUUACUAAUGAUGAAAAAUAUAUCAUUGGAAAAUGCAAAAUAGAUUUUAGUGAAUAUAUCAAUAUAAAUGAAUUUUAUAAUAUAAAAUUUCCUAUAAAAUAUAAUUUAUUAAAUAAAGGAUUUGCUUAUGUAAAAAUAAAUUGUUGUAAUUUAAAAGAUAAAAAAAAAACAAAUGCAAAUAGCUCUGUACCAAAUUCUCUAGUUUUCCCAUUAAAUUCAAAUGCUACUAAUGACAUUCUAAGAAGGGAUAAAAAUAUUCUCGAUGAACAUUCUAACGAAAAUAAUUAUAAUCAUAUAAGUGAUAACAAUAAUAAUGAUACAUGUAUUCUUCAACCAAAUGAAAAUUAUAUUCCUUAUAAUGAAAAUAAUAAUAUGAAUCCAUUAAAUGAAAUUAAUAUUUAUAACGAUAAUAUAGAAAAAAAAUACAAGAGAAAUAUCGUUAAUUUAAAUAAAAUUAAAUCUAGUCAUACAACUCUAAAUAGCUGCAAUAUAAAUAAAAAUAAUAUAACUAAUGAUCAAACUCAAGAAAAUAGUAUGGUUUCAAAUACAAAUGAACAUUGUUGUCCACAUAAUUAUAGUGACACCUCUAUUAUUUAUUUAAAAAAGUGUAUAAAUGAUUCGUUCAAAAAACUUAAAGAAAUAAAUAAUUUGAACUCCAAAACAAUUUCUGAUAUUAACAAACAGGAAAUUAAAGAAGAUGUAAUUAAUAAAAACUGCUCUGACAAAAAUCUUAAUCCUAGAAUUAUAAAUGAACAAUAUGAUAAAAAUUUUAAAAAUUAUAAAGAAAAUCAAAAGGAAUACAAUGAUAAAGAAAAAAAAAAAGAAGAAAAAAUACAAUUGAGUGAUUCUAAUUAUAAUACAGAAAUACAUAAUAAUGAUUAUUACAAGAUUAACAAAAAGGAAGAUGAAUCCAAUUCCAAUUUAAAAGUACAAGUUUUAAUUGGUAAUAUGGAUAAAGUAAUAAAAAAUUCUCAUAUUAUUCGGAAUAUUAAUUCGUUAUAUUUAGAAGAAGAAAUAAAAAGUAACAAAGAAAUGAUUUACAAUGAAUUUAAUAAAGAAAUUGUUGACGAAGUAGAUAAGGAAAAUUUUGAUAAUAUAAAAAAUCCAAGUGAAGAUAUGAGAGAUUUUCAAUUUUACGAAGAACUAAACGAAAUAAGUGAUGAUAAAAAAUUAGAUAAUGAAAAUAUAAAUGAAAAUAACGAGUUAAAUAAAACUUAUACAGAAUUAGAGAAAUGUUAUGAAUUACUUUUAGAUAAAAGAAACAAAGAAAUUAAAAUAUUAUCAAAUAAAAUUUUCCUUUUAAAAAAGAAUAGUCAAAUAAAAGAAGAAAAGAUGAAAAAAAUGACUAUAAAAAUUAUAAAAAAUUAUGUAGAGUUUUCUAAGAGAAAAUGUAAAGAAUUCAUAUUUGUCAUUAAUAAUUUAAAACAAUUACUAUCUAUAUUAAAUGAUGAAGAAUGCUUCAGUGAUGUGGAUGGUAAAAAAAACAUAGCAAUUAAUCUUAAUGAUUCUGAAAUCUUUAAAAAAAAAAAUAUAAAAAUAAAUGAUAAUAUUAUAUUUAAUCAAAAAUGUGAAUAUUUGUAUGACAUUGAAUGUAUAAAUAACAAAAAUAUAAUUAUAAGGAAUUUUCAAAAAAUAGAUUAUUACUGCAAUAUAAUAUUAAAAGAAGACACAGAUAUUUAUGCCUUAUAUAAUCAUUUUGAAGUUAUCGAUGAAUAUAUAAAUUCAUUAUUUACUUUAAAAAAAGAAGAAAUGGUUAAUGUUAUGGAAAUUUUAAUUAAUAUAAUUAACGAAUUAAUUGAAAAACAGAAUAUACCAGUAAGCUUAAAAAAAAAAAAAUAUAACUCUUUAAUAAAUAUAAAAGGAGAAAAUAUAAAAAAUUUAAAUAAUAAAUGGGAUGAAAAGUUUAUAAAUAUGGAGGAAAUAGUAAAAGAAAAAAUCUCUAAAUUAGAAAAAGAAAAAAAUAUAUUAACUCAAGAGAAUCGAGAAAUUAAUAAUAAUUUUAAUGCUUUAGAAAAGAUACCACUUUACCCAAACAUAAUUAGUUUGUAUGAAAAAAAUAUAUCUACCACUUCAACAAUUAAAAAAUUAACUGAAGACGUACAUAAUUUGCAACAAAUCAUUGAAGAAUUAAAAAAUUCUUUAAUAAAUGAUAAAAAAUAUGUAAACAUAAAUAUUGAAAGUAAUGAUUUAAUACAAAAGAUAAUAAAUCAAUAUAACAAUGAAAAUAAUGAAAGUGAAAUUGAUGAAUAUUCCUAUAUAUCCUCAAAAAGUAUUUAUAAUAAAAAUAUGGUAUAUAAUGUGAAGAAAAAAAAAACAACUAAUAAAAAAAACUUUUCAAACUAUAAUAUAGAAAAAAAUGAAGAAGAAAAAUAUCAUAAAAAAGUAAAAGAACUAGAAAACGAAUUAAUGAACACUAAAUUGUUAUUAGCACAAAGCGAAACAAAAAGAGAAGAAGAAAUCAAUGAAUUUAAAAAAAAAUACAUACAUAAAAAAAUUUUAAAUUAA